AUGGCAACCAAUCUUAUUAUCUGGGAUGAAGCACCAAUGAUGAAUAAAAUGUGCUUUGAGGCAUUUGAUAGAACACUAAGAGAUAUUAUGAAAAAUGUUGAUGAUGCCAAUAAUACAAAACCCUUUGGUGGUAAAGCCGUGGUGUUGGGAGGUGACUUCAGGCAAAUUUUACCUGUUAUCAAUAAAGGAUCUAGGUUUGAUAUCAUCAAAGCAGCAAUCAAUUAUUCUGAGUUACCUUUAAUGUCAUUGGCUGAAUUUGUCUAUCCUAAAUUUGUGGUUAACAUGAUGAAGCUUGGUUAUUUUGAUGAUGGAGCAAUCUUAUGUCCAACAAAUGAUUCUGUAGAGGAAGUCAAUGAAUUCAUGUUGCCUUUAUUAGGUGGUGAAGAUGUCACUUAUUUAAGUUCUGAUAAACCUUGCCAAUCUGAUGUACAAGAUGAAGUUCAAUCUGAAUGGUUUACAUCUGAAUUCUUAAAUGAUAUCAAAUGUUCAAGGAUACCAAAUCAUGAACUGAAGUUGAAAACAGGUGUCCCAAUCAUGCUCUUGAGAAAUAUUGAUCAAGCGAAAGGUCUUUGCAAUGGCACAAGAUUGCAAGUUAACCAUUUAGGAAAAAAAGUAAUCUCUGCAACUGUAAUUAUUGGACAAAAUAUUGGUGACAAAGAUUUUAUACCAAGAGUGGAUUUAGUUCCAUCUGAUUCAAGAUUGCCUUUCAAAUUUUAA